UAGCGAUAUCUAUAAAUGCUUAAGGAUAGUUGUGGAUAGCUAGUGAUAGCUAUGGAUGCUCAAGGAUAGUUAUAGAUAUAACGUAGAUGCUGAUGUAUAUCAGUUGAUACCUACGGUACAUGGAAGAAGGUAAGGUGCGUAUAUGGAUUCCACCAUGAAGUACUAACCCGUUUAACUUUGGCGGGAAAAUGAUCACGUGAUUUAGCAAAUAUCACGUGAUUUUUGCUUCCAUCCAAGCCCGCCUUUUUCAAAGACGUUGAAACUGGUUCACUAUAAACAAACACGCAGAUAAAAAUGGGUUUCGACGACGAAGGCGAGAUAUUCGAGGUUGAGCGUAUUUUAAACAGAAGAGUUGAAAAUGGGAAAGUGCAGUACCUGAUAAGAUGGAAGGGUUUCGACCAAGAGGACGACACCUGGGAACCAGAAACAAACCUAAGUGAUUGCAGAGAACUUGUAAGGGAAUACAUCCGUAGCAUGACGAAAAAUGAGUCUCCAAGACUGACUCGCCGAAGAACACAGUCCCCUUCAAGGAAAUCAAAGAAGGCGCYAUACACUAAACUUAAAAGACACACAGAUACAAUUGUUCUGCACUUAAAAGAUCCUCCACCUCCUAGCCCUAAAGUAAACAAAAUUAAAGAGGAAAAAGAACCUAUAGUCAAGACAGAACAACAAGAAGAAAAAGCAAGUACCAAAACAAAAAAUGGAAACCAAGCUCAAAGAAUCUUUGUGGUUUUAGCUGUUUUAUUGGUUUUUGGAAUACUAUUAAUGUCUUUGAUCAGACCUGUUGAAACUUAACCACUGUAAUUAUUAUCAAAAACGAUUUUUGUAAAUAAUCCUCGUAAGUUGUAUAUUUUUGUAAACAAAAGAACUAUAUUUAAUUAUUUGAUKAAGGGUUGAGUCAAUUAUCGAUAAUUGAUGAUUUUAAUUACUCUUAUCUUUGUUAAAGGAUCUCAUUUGUUAUACAUUUGACUGCAUGUUCUUAAAAUUCCAGAACAAUUAGGAAUUACCUCAAAUCUGUGCUUACGUGGAUAGUUUUUUAUUCUAUUGUUUUUUAUCAUAGAAAUGAGACUUUUCCUACCUGUACUGAAGUUUUAAAGAAUCACAACCAACCACAAUACAGCGCACGGUAGUGUUAUUGUUUACACACAUUUAAAUGCGUCAAGCAUACAAUUAGAGAUUGACAGUACCUGUGAGGUACCUUGUUAAAGGUAUUUCUGUCCAAACUGAAAGGAUGGAAGACGAUGCGCUCACUUUAAGAAAUCCUAUGAAUCUAGUAACAUUUUUGUGUCCACCCAAAAUGGUGCUUGGGCUCGCAAGGUACAGCGGCUGGUUGUGAUUCUUUAAGAAUAGAUGAUAGAUAGACUUUAGGUCGCCACAACCUGCAUAUACUCAGCUUAAAUCACUUCACGUAUUACAGAGUAACUUAAACAAACUGUAUACAGCUAAGUUUGUCAUUGUUUAUUACAACGGUACAGUAUAUUAUGUAUGCUGUUUGAUAUAAUGAAGUACUAGUUUGUACUUGACAUUAAUUCGUGUUUUUAAUCAAAGUGUUUUACCUUAUAAUAGUAGUAUUUCACUUAAAUUAUUUAUCAAUUUUUGUUGUUUUUAGUCUGUCCAUCACUUAGACAUAAGGGAUUUUUAACAUUUUCAGCAAGACAUCCUGAAAGAUAUAGAUGUAUUGAGACCUUCUUAGGCAAGUAUCUACCAUUUGGACUAUCCAAACAGUAAUAGAAGGAAGGGCUCAAUACUCAGGCCCUGUUUCUACUGUAGAUAAUAAUUGAAAAUAAAAAGGAAUGGUAUAAUCAA